GUGCAGCGCCUCUAACAACAAACAUAGUAACCAUGCAGGAGAACAGCCCUGUGGCCCUCGUUACCCACUCUGUGUGUUUCUAUAGCCAAACAUACACAGGUAACGACCAGUUCAACUCCACCGACUAUCAUCUCAGUCAGUAUGGCAGAUCAGGACACUCAGGAUACGACCCAGCUGGUGGCGAGUCAGGCUGACGAAGAUGGAGCCGGGGAAGUUGGAGCAGCGGACACUCAACAACCAUCUCAGGAAGGUGGCCAGACUCAGGCCGCUGAAGGAACAGAGAACGUCAACGGAGAAAACGUCAAUUUUGGGAACACUGCUCAAGUUACUACAGAUGCGACACCAGGGCAGGAACCUGCUGAGCAAGUGACACCAGAUCAGGAACCUGCUGAGGAAGUGACACCAGGGCAGGAACCUGCUGAGGAGGUGACACCAGAGCAGGAACCAGCUGAGGAAGUGACACCAGAGCAGGAACCUGCUGAGGAAGUGACACCAGAGCAGGAACCUGCUGAGGAAGUGACACCAGAGCAGGAACCUGCCGAGGAAGUGACACCAGAGCAGGAACCAGCUGAGGAAGUGACACCAGAGCAGGAACCUGCUGAGGAAGCGACACCAGAGCAGGAACCUGCUGAGGAAGUGACACCAGAGAAGGAAUCUGCUGAGGAAGCGACGCGAGAGCAGGAAUCUGCUGAGGAAGCGACGCGAGAGCAGGAACCUGCUGCUGACCAACAGAUUGUUGAAAAUGGCACUGUCUCGGACUUGAACCUCUCCGAAGACCAGUUAGAAACUUUCCGCUACAUGUUUAAGAUCCACUCAGAAAACGAUCGAAUCAACUUCGAGCAGUUCAAACGGCUCCUGCGCUGUGCGGGUCACAACCCAACAUCAGCUGAUGCACAGGCAAUCUUCGACGAGGCUGACAAGGACGAUAACGGUACAGUUAACUUUGAGGAGUUCUGUCGUCUGCACGCGGCCCACGACGUGCCUGUGGAACAACAGGAGAUGGAGAUAAUAAACUGCAUCAACAAAGGUGUUCCCCAGGGACCAGGAGGAGAUCCCGCUGCUGCGCAAGGUCCAGCAGAUCAUGGAAAAGUCAGUCUGCAGCGUGACGAGCUGCCUCACAAAAGAUGA